GAUCCGAACUAGUGAAACACUGUUCUCAGCAAACUGGGAUUCCCUCCCUGCGCGUAGCGGAAACGAAGAAGAAUUACUGCAAAUUGCACAUCUUAAUUCUGAAAUGCAGCUGCGUUAGACGUUGUGACGUGAAUCAGCCAAUCAGACAAGAUGAUCGUCUGCAUCGCCGUCGUCGGACACCAGAAUAACCCACUAUAUCUUCAGAGCUUCACGGAGGCAGAUGAUGCCCUAAAGCUUCAUCACAUCGUGCACUGCUCAUUGGACGUCAUUGAUGAGAGAGUGAACAAUCCCAAAAAGACUGGGUCGACAUUGAAUGAGACGUAUCUUGGACUUCUUUAUCCAACUGAGAAUUAUAAAGUGUAUGGAUAUUUAACAAAUACAAAGGUGAAAUUUAUUUUGGUCACAACUCAUCUAGAUGUCAGAGAUGCAGAUGUCAGAAAUUUUUUCAGGAGAUUCCACUCUGCAUAUGUGGAUGCAGUUUCAAAUCCGUUUCAUGUUCCGGGGAAGAAAAUAACAUCCCAAACUUUUGCUGAAAGAGUCAGUACCAUUGUGAAGUCUUUUGGGUUGAGCUCAGCUGUAUAAUAGAUUCGAUUGCCUGUGGAAGAUUAGAACAUUCUCAUGCAUUUGUAUCUGAAACGGAAUCUUUUCUUCCCUUUUUGUAUUUCCUUUUAUCUUCUGUCUUUAUCUAUUUUGGAAGUCUAGUGAGUUAUUAUUUUCUAUAUACAUACAAGUAGUAAAUCAAUACAGUUGAGAUUUAACA